AGGACUCGACAGGUCCAAACGUCUCCGUGAAAGAAAAGAGGCGACUGGGAGUCCUGGUGUCCCUGGUCUUCUGGGACUUCUCUAUUCCCCUACAGGAGUUCUUAAGAUCCACCAUGAGCUGUUUCGGGUACCGGCGGGAGCUGAGCAAGUAUGAGGACAUGGACGAGGAUGAGCUUCUGGCCUCCCUCAGUCCAGAGGAGCUAGCAGAGUUGGAGAAGGAGCUGGCUGACAUCGACCCAGACGCCAACGUACCUAUCGGCCUACGACAGCGAGACCAGACGGACAAAACGCCGACUGGGACCUUCAGCAGAGAGUCACUUCUAAAGUACUGGGAGAACGAGACGCGUCGCCUCCUGGAGGAUGAGAUCAGUGGAGGAAGCAGCAAACCACAGGAGGAAGACGAGUUUGAGGGCAUGACAGAGGGAAACCUGGACAAAGAAAAUGAAGAAGACAAAGUCACAGAAAAAAAGGAACAAGAAGAGGAAGAGGAUGAGGAAGAGGAUGUAGAGGAAGACGAAAAAGAAAAUGAAGAUGAAGAGCAGCCAGUAACAGAGGAAGAAGAGGAGGAAGAGCAUGUGGCGACAGAUGAAGAAGAUGAGGAAGAGGGAGAGCAGACAGAAACAGAGGAGGAGGGGGACGUUGCCACUAAAGAGGUGGUGCCUCAGGUAUCACAGGUCACCACGCGGACAUUUCCGAGAGCAGAGCCGGUGCUUCUGGUUCCACCUCCCAUCGACCCAAGCACAGGUGGAAACCCAACAGUGGUGGAUGAGGUUCUUCAGCAAGUUUUGAGCAACGACCCACAGCGCACUGAGGUCAACCUCAACAACAUCGAUGACAUUUCUCAGGACACGCUGCUCCGCUUCGCAGAAGCGCUACGCUCCAACACGCACGUUCGGGUAUUCAGCCUGGCGAACACUCACGCUGAUGACCCAGUGGCGCUCGCCAUCGCCUCAAUGCUGCGGGAGAACUCGUCUAUCGUCAGUCUCAACCUUGAGUCCAACUACGUGACAGGCCGUGGUGUGAUGGCGCUGGUCCAGUCUCUGCCUGGGAACCACACCUUGACGGAGCUACGCUUCCAGAACCAGAGACACAUGUGUGGUGGCCAGGUGGAGAUGGAGAUGGUCAAGGUUCUGCGGGAGAACCACACUCUUAUCAAAUUGGGUUACCAGUUCCACCUGCCAGGCCCAAGGAUGAGCAUGACUGGGAUUCUGACCCGUAACCAGGACCGGCAAAGACAGAAGAGAUUACAGGAGCAGCGGCAGCAGCAGGCGGCCUUGGAUGGACCUGCUGAUCCCAGGACCACAGCGCUGAGAGGAACUCCAGGUUCUUCUCCCUUCAACUCCCCCAGGGUCUCACCUUGGUCCUCCCCUAAACUGCCCCGCACCGACUACGCCACUAAACAGACUCCACCGCCGCCGCCGCCCCCACCACCGCCUCCUCCCCCACCACCCCCCAUGACUCAGAAGGAGGUGAAGAAGCCUACACGGAUGAUAGCAGAGGUGAUCCGAGCUCACGAGGGCCAGAAGAAGAAGUCUAAGAAGACUAAGGAUGGCAAAGGCCAGUCCAAAGAGGUCAAAGGUCAGACCAGCAGCAUACUGAAGGAGCUGAAGACCGCGCUGCGGCCAGUCGCAGAGAGCAGGGGCGAGGAGUCCAGCCGGCCGUCCACACCUCUCCGCUCCGCUCACGACCAGCUGAUGGAGUCGAUUCGAGGCAGUAGCAUACGGAACCUGCGUCGGGUGGCACUUCCUCUUCACCUCCAGUAAAAAGGAAGUGUUGGAUGGCGUUUCUUCUUCUGUUAUUCAUGCUUCCUGUUUUUCUUAAACUUGUAAAUAUGUUUGAGUUGUGGAAUUUUUAAAUAAAC